AUGAUUAGACUCUGGCAUGAUGAUAAUAUUCAUAAUCCACCAGGAGGUGUCUUUACAAUUUUUAAAGAAGAGUACGCCAACUACAUUUUUAAAUAUAUUCCUAAAAAUGAUGUAAGAAUAAGUGUGGGUGCAGUGCGAAUAGUCCAUCUCACUUUGGGUUCCAUAAUAACCUUCUUACUUGCUUUUUCUCUUACUCAACAAUUAGAAAAACUUG